GUUAAUGAUAUUCAAAAUGAGUUCUGCUUUUGUUUUCAUUGCUCUGAUCGGUAUAUUAUUUAUAAAUGGAAGUCCCAUUGGCAAUCACAAAAUUGAACUUUCACAAAAUGAAAUUAAUGAAAUAUUGUUAACUCCAUCUUUUUCUUUUUCCACUGGUUUAGCAAAAGCAGUUAAUUAUCUUAACAAUGAUAAUUUAAGUUAUCGACAAGUAAUAAAAAAGAUACUUGGCGCAUCAUACAAAUUUGCAAGUGGUAUUUUCUUCGAAGUUAAAGUUGCAGUUGUCGAAUCAAAAUGCUUUAACACGAUUGCUAAUACAAAUACAUUUACAACCAAAGAUUGCCCUGCAAAAGCAGGUUCCGAAGAAAAUCUUUGUCAAGUCACUAUUUUUGACGCGAGAAAUGGUACUACUGUCAACACUACAUGUUAAAAUUUAACGGCUGGUACCUGUACGAAUUAAACAAAUGUUUGAAUAAAAUUCAAAAUAUUAGGAUUUGUAAA